GUGGAGAUGUUAACAACAAUUUGUACAAAGUAAAAGAGGAACACGUCCCACGCAUGCGCUGUGUAAGUCUACGUCAGCUCAGUUUUUUCUUCUAGCCGUGUUUAAGCUACGUGGCCAUCACUACUCCUUCUUCGAAAGAACAGGACGCAAACAGCCCAAAAAAACAUGGACCAGGUGAUGCAGUUUGUUGAGCCCAGUCGGCAGUUCGUCAAAGACUCCAUAAGGCUUGUGAAGAGGUGCACAAAACCCGACCGAAAAGAAUUUCAGAAGAUUGCCAUGGCUACAGCGAUUGGAUUUGCCAUAAUGGGCUUCAUCGGUUUCUUUGUCAAGCUCAUCCAUAUCCCCAUCAACAACAUCAUUGUUGGUGGUUAAACCGUGAUCAAGCGAAAUCUCUUAUCUGGACAGACCUUUGUGCAAAGUUUUAUUGGACUGGUAUUAUGGUGAACUGAAUGGACAACAUUUUUACAUUCUGUGCUCAACAUUUAUAUUUUGUUGUGUAAAUAAAACAAUUAAACACA